AUGUCGGCCGCAAUCAAGACUGCCGGAGAUGCCUUGAGCGCAGGCGCAGACGCAGGCACGUCGUCUCCCGGAAAUAUACGCAUCCUCGACGAGCAGCAUGUCGAGUCUAAGCCUGCCCAAAGAUCAAUCACGAGCAAUUACAAGGGCUUCGUCGCUGGCGUGUUCUCGGGCAUCGCCAAGUUAUCAGUUGGUCAUCCCUUCGAUACCAUCAAGGUCCGCCUGCAGACUUCAGAAAGGGCACAAUUUAAAGGCCCUUUGGACUGUGUUAUGCAAACAUUGAGAAAAGAAGGACCCGGUGGAUUCUACAAAGGUGCCACCCCGCCUUUAUUAGGAUGGAUGGCCAUGGACUCGGUGAUGCUGGGGAGUUUGACGUUGUAUCGAAGGCUGCUUCAUGAGAAUGUCUUUUCGAGCCCGACUCUCCGACCAGGAAAAUCUGCUGCAGAGCUAGCCAAGGACCCCUUGCCUUCAUAUGGACAUGGCAUUGCCGGAGUCAUGGCUGGCUCAACGGUGUCCUUCAUCGCUGCCCCGGUAGAACAUGUCAAGGCUAGACUGCAAAUCCAGUACGCUGCGAAGAAAGCAGACAGGCUUUACCGCGGUCCGAUUGACUGCUGUCGCAAGAUCCUCAAACAUCAGGGAGUCAAGGGCCUAUACCAUGGCUUGUUCGCGACCUUGAUAUUUCGAUCAUUUUUCUUCUUUUGGUGGGGUAGCUACGAUAUUUUCUCGCGAGUAUUCAAAGACCGCACCUCACUUUCGACUCCCGCAAUCAAUUUCUGGGCCGGUGGACUUUCGGCCCAAAUAUUCUGGUUGACGUCUUACCCUUCCGACGUGGUCAAGCAGAGAAUCAUGACAGAUCCACUGGGAGGUGGUCUGAACGAUGGCACGCGUCGAUUCCGACAUUGGAAGGAUGCUGCGGCCACCGUAUAUCGGGAGUCUGGGUGGAGAGGCUACUGGAGAGGGUUUCUACCUUGUUUUCUGCGUGCAUUUCCGGCGAAUGCUAUGGCGCUGGUGGCUUUUGAAGGCGUGAUGCGUGCAUUGCCCGAUUAG